AUGCCGCCGCGGAAGAAAGCAAAAGCGAGUGCAGCUUCAACACCGCUGCGCGACACACAGCCCAGAACACCGCAAGAUUCUGGCCUUGUGCAGUCGCAAGAUGAGCUGCUUAGCGAUCCUUGGGCCGAUGAGCAGGAGACACAGCUGCUGAAGAGCAUGAUGAAGUGGAAGCCAACAGGCAUGCACAAGCACUUCCGCAUGAUAUCCAUUCACACCGACAUGCGCUCGCACGGUUUUGCUAGCGACGACGCACCUCAUACGCGCAUUCCUGGUGUGUGGAAGAAGCUAUCGCAACUAUACGACUUGGACGCCCUCGAUACGCGCGAAAACGAGUUCGCUUUCUCCGAAGACCCUGAUCCCCUCGACCCCGAAGACGCGAGCGACAUGCCAGAAUUCGAAUUGCCAGAAGAUGAAUACGGCGAGUUGAUGUGGCAGCAGCGUUUCCAUCGCGAAUCCUCUGCCACGGCCUCGUCACCGCCCGUGAUACCUACCCAGGAAUACAUGGACCUCUACGCGCCAGGCAUCGGUCUACUCAAAGACCUGCCCGAUAGCGUACGCUCGCAAAAGGCCGAGAGUGUAGCUGAAGCCACGCCCGUACCCAAGAACGCAAAAGGCACAAGGGCAGGCAGGGUGGCAAAGAGUGCCAAGGGAACCAAGGCUGGAGCUAACGCUGCGAAGAACAGUAAGGCUCAGAGCACCAUGUCCGAGUCCGCAGAAGAAGAAGACGAGGACGGAGACGAAGAGGAAUCUAGUGCCGAGUCUGAAGAAGACAGUGCGCCUACCACUCGCCGAACGAAUCGCGCCAAACCAAAACCUGCCCCCAAGAGAACUAGGAAAAGGUAG